UCCUAUAAAUAUGAAGUUUAAUUUAGGAGAUGUCACCAGCGACCUUCGUCGUAACCUUACUGUACAAAUCAUAAUUCUGGACUUACAAAUUUCCAUAUUGAUCACUGUAGUCAACAAUGAUACGAAACAUUUGAGCAAAUUUCUUUCUUCCGAGCGUAGCGUUUGGAAUGCUCUUAGUACUUUGGCAUAUGAGCAAAGUGAAGCCUCUAAAUGCAUGGCUAUUUGGGGAAGAAGCGAGGACGUUGAUUUGUGCGAUGUGACUGAAAAAUUGAGUGUUUUGACAGCAAAGUUAUCUGAAUCCGAAAAUGUUCUCGCUGAUAAGUACGUACAAUAUCGUACGCACUUGAAAGAAAUUCGCAGUCGCGAAGAUAAAAUGAAAGAACAAAGGACAAAAAAAGAAUUACUAUGGAGUAAGAUAGAAAAGGAGGAACGUAAGUCUAAGAGGUCCGAUUCUGUUGACCAGAAAUUAAAAGAUCUACAUAAAGAUAUGGAAAAUUUGCAGAAGGAAACUAUCGAAGAAGAGACAAAAUUGGCCGAUUUCAAGCGCGAAAAGCUACGAACGGCAUUGUUAGUGCAGUUGGAUGCAUUAUUCGAAUUUGGAGAAAAAUUGAUUAUUUUAACUAGAUACAGCAGAGACAUUAUCGACCAAAUCCCCAUUACGGAUACGCAUCCUGGCGAACCAAGAGCUCCUUACCUUGGUCAAGAGAAAACUUUACAAGCAGUUUCUAAUGCCACAAAAGCCUUGGAAGAAUGGACGCCUCAAUCAACAGAAAAGUCUUCGGCACACUUACAAAUAUCUCAAGUAACGAUGUCUGAAGAUUCACAGGAAGAAUUACUGACUACUGAUCAGCCUGGACACGUCAUCACACAACCACCACAAAAUACCCCUAAUAUUGAGCAAGAUGAAUUUCAUUUCGUUUCACAUAAACAGAAGCCUCUUUCUGCAAUAUCUACAACAACACCCACAGAGAAUAUUACUUCUUCCAAUGCUAAAUAUUAUGAAGAUCCGAACGAGGCUGAUCACAGUGACCUAGAUCAAACUACGGACGCGGAUCAAGAACUCGAGACUCCGAGGAAGGUUCGGGAGGUUAUUUCACAUAUCACCGAAGGGUCUAUCACUGAGGCAACGAAUAUACCUUUUCAUACUAUACAAGUCAUUCCAAGACCACCCACCCCACCAAUUCGUCAUACUAAAUCAGUUUCUUUUGAAGAGGAAGAAUCACCGGAAUCAUUGGCUGCAGACACUUCAGUUCAAGCUACCCAAAGCAAAGAUCAAGAGAUAGUCUCAUCUCAUGUUAUUGAGUCUACUUUAGAUUCAUCGACAGAAGUACAGAAUCAACAAUCAGAAAAGCCUGCGCAGAAUGAUUCUGCAAACGACUCCGAGCCUUCUAUAAAGGUGUCAGAACCUUCCAUAGAGGCACCAGAACCCGCUAUAGAAAUUGAUAACACUUCUCCACAGAAUGAAAUAAAACAACCUGCAUCCUCAGAAACUCUCACGAUACAUAACUAUAAAAAGCAUGUGCAUUUUAGUGAUGUCGAAGAUGAGAUCCCGUAA